ACAGGCCGAAGCACAGAGUGCGCCUCGCUUUGCUCAAAGCACGCACAGCUUGCAGCUCGCCAUUAGUAAACCAGCCCACGCGCAAUGGGUGAGAUAGGGACGGACGAGCGCGGCCUGGCCGCGGCCGCGGCCGUCGGCGCCGGCAAGGAGGAGGGCCUCGACGAGGAGGAGGAGACGUCGCCGAUCGAGGAGGUGCGGCUGACGGUGCCCACCACGGACGACCCGUCGCUGCCGGUGUGGACGUUCCGGAUGUGGAGCAUCGGGCUGGUGUCGUGCGCGCUGAUGAGCUUCCUGAACCAGUUCUUCUCCUACCGCACGGAGCCGCUCAUCGUGACGCAGAUCACGGUGCAGGUGGCGUCGCUGCCCGUGGGACACUUCAUGGCGCGGGUCCUGCCGCGGAGGAAGUUCACGACGCCCGCGCUGCUGGGCGGCGGCGAGUGGAGCCUCAACCCGGGCCCCUUCAACAUGAAGGAGCACGUGCUCAUCUCCAUCUUCGCCAACGCCGGGUUCGCGUUCGGCGGCGGGAACGCCUACGCCGUCGCCAUCAUCGACAUCAUCCGCGCCUUCUACGGCCGCCACAUCUCCUUCCUCACCGCCUGGCUCCUCGUCAUCACCACGCAGGUGCUCGGGUACGGGUGGGCAGGGCUGAUGCGCAAGUACGUGGUGGAACCGGCGCACAUGUGGUGGCCGGGCACGCUCGUCCAAGUCUCCCUCUUCCGGGUACUGCACGAGAAGGAAGAAUUCCACAGGGGCUCGCGCCAGAUUUCCCGCUCCAAGUUCUUCGUGGUGGCGCUCAUAUGCAGCUUUGCGUGGUACGCUGUGCCGGGCUACCUCUUUCCGGCGCUAUCGUACAUCUCAUGGGUGUGUUGGGUGUUCUCCAAGUCUGUGACGGCACAGCAGCUGGGCUCCGGCAUGAAGGGCCUGGGUCUAGGUGCCUUCACGCUCGAUUGGUCGACUGUCUCCUCCUUCCUCUUCAGCCCCCUCAUCUCGCCCUUCUUUGCCACCGUCAACAUCUUCUUUGGGUACGUGUUUUUCGUCUACCUGAUCGUGCCCACAGCAUACUGGGGGUUCAACCUGUACAAUGCCAAGACAUUCCCCAUCUUCUCCUCGCACCUGUUCAUGUCAAAUGGCACAGACUAUGACGUCAAAUCCAUCGUGAACAACAACUUUGUGCUUGACAUGGACGCGUACAAGCAGUUAGGCAAAGUCAACCUCAGCAUAUUCUUUGUACUCACUUAUGGGCUCAACUUCGCCACCAUCGCUGCCACCAUCACACAUGUCGGCCUCUUUUACGGAAAGGAAAUCUAUCACCGCUUCCGAGCAUCACGGCAGGAGGAGCCUGACAUCCACACGAAGCUUAUGAAGAAGUAUGAUGACAUACCAGGGUGGUGGUUCUACUCACUAAUGGCACUGUCAAUGGCAGUGUCCCUCCUCCUCUGCACCGUCUUGAAGCACGAAGUCCAGCUCCCAGUGUGGGGUCUCCUCUUUGCCUGUGGCAUGGCCUUCAUCUUCACCCUUCCCAUUAGCAUCAUCAGCGCGACAACCAACCAGACGCCUGGUCUGAAUGUUAUCACUGAGUAUGCCAUGGGGCUGAUAAGGCCUGGAUAUCCUAUUGCCAAUGUCUGCUUCAAGGUGUACGGCUAUAUGAGCAUGUCUCAGGCUGUUUCCUUCCUCUCAGACUUCAAGCUCGGCCAUUAUAUGAAGAUCCCUCCUAGAUCCAUGUUCCUUGUUCAGUUUGUCGGUACAAUUGUGGCUGGCACGGUCAACAUCGGGGUGGCAUGGUGGUUGCUCGGCUCCAUCAAAAACAUCUGUUCGGAUAACCUUCCACCAAACAGCCCAUGGACAUGCCCCAGCGAUCGUGUCUUCUUUGAUGCAUCGGUCAUCUGGGGCCUUGUUGGCCCGAGGCGCAUCUUCGGGCCAGAUGGCAACUAUGGUGCCCUCAACUGGUUCUUCCUCAUCGGUGCAGCGGGCCCCGUUAUCGUGUACACUUUCCACAGGGCGUUCCCUGGCCAGAGAUGGAUACCAUUGAUCAAUCUGCCAGUGCUCCUUGGUGCUACGGCCAUGAUGCCCCCAGCAACUGCCGUGAACUACAACUCAUGGCUAUUCAUUGGCACCAUAUUCAAUUUCUUUGUGUUUCGGUACCGGAAGAAGUGGUGGACGAGGUACAACUACGUUCUCUCUGCUGCGCUCGAUGCUGGAGUUGCAUUCAUGGGGGUGCUCCUGUACUUCACGCUGACCAUGGAGAACAAGAGCAUCGACUGGUGGGGCACGGCUGGAGAGCACUGCAAACUCGCCUCAUGCCCUACCACUAAAGGGAUAGACUUGGGCCCAGAGCGCGGAUGCCCUGUGUUCUAAGCUAGCAGUUUCAUGUCUAAAGGUACAAGCUGCAAGAUUAGUAAAGAUCCAUUCCAGUAAUCCAGUUAUGUUGGCGCCAUAGAUUUGUGGUGUAUGAAAUGCAGUAAAGCUUCUCCUAUGUGUAAAGGUCAUAGUAUCAUAUACUUAUAGUUGAUCUCGCAGAAGGAAAAAUCUGAACAUUAUUAAAUGGUGUAAUGCAUUGGUCAUUUAUGCAACGUAAAAGCAUGCUAGUUCCUGA